GGUGUAUCAACGCGUUCCCUACUGAUUUAUGUUCUGAAUAGCAGGAAUAGGAACGGAGUUGGUUUAGGAGGAGACCACCUCCUCGCUGUGGAGGUGCGGUUUGCGGUGGUAUUUGUCUCUGUCUCUGGGUUUUGAGGAGGAGGACCAUGGUCGAACUGGAGAAGGAGGUGCUCCCGCUGCCCCCUCGGUACCGGUUCCGAGACCUGUUGCUCGGGGACUGGCAGAGCGACGACAGGGUGCAGGUAGAGUUUUAUGUGAACGAGAACACUUUCAAGGAGCGCCUCAAGCUGUUCUUCAUCAAAAACCAAAGAUCGAGUCUGCGAGUGCGAAUGUUUAACUUUGCUCUAAAAGUGCUGAGCUGCCUCCUCUACAUCGUCCGAGUCCUGCUGGACAACCCGCAAGAGCAAAGGCAUGACUGGAAACUGAUCAUCUGGGUUGACAGACCUCUACCGCUGUGGGCACUGCAGGUGCUUGUGGCUUUCAUCAGCUUUUCGGAAACUAUGUUGCUCGUGUAUCUCAGCUACAAGGGCAACGUUUGGGAGCAGGUACUACGUGUCCCUUUCAUUCUGGAGAUGAUCAGCGCUGUUCCCUUCAUGAUCACUGUGAUUUUGCCAUCCUUCAGAAAUCUCUUCAUCCCUGUGUUUCUAAAUUGCUGGCUGGCCAAGCAUGCUUUGGAGAACAUGAUAAAUGAUCUCCACAGGGCGAUCCAGCGGACGCACUCAGCCAUGUUUAACCAGGUGGUGAUACUUAUCAGCACGCUGGUCUGUCUCAUGUUUACGUGCAUUUGUGGCAUUCAACACCUCGAGCGAGCGGGCAACAACCUGACUCUGUUCGACUCGCUCUACUUCUGUGUGGUCACCUUCUCCACCGUGGGCUUCGGAGAUGUCACCCCACAGAUCUGGCCCUCGCAGCUCCUGGUGGUCAUCAUGAUCUUUGUGGCACUCAUUGUGCUUCCCAUCCAGUUUGAGCAGCUGGCCUUUCUGUGGAUGGAACGACAGAAGUCUGGAGGAAACUACAGCCGCUACAGGGCACAGACGGAGAAACACGUGGUUCUAUGUGUCAGCUGCCUCAAGAUCGACCUCCUCAUGGACUUCCUCAAUGAGUUCUUUGCUCACCCCCGGCUACAGGACUACUAUGUGGUGAUCCUUUGCCCUGCGGAGAUGGAUGUCCAGGUUAGGAGGGUCCUUCAUGUCCCUCUGUGGGCCCAGAGAGUCAUCUACCUGCAAGGUUCUGCCCUCAAAGACCAAGACCUGAUGAGGGCCAAGAUGGACGAUGCUGAGGCCUGCUUUAUCCUCAGUAACCGGUUUGAAGUGGACCGCAUUGCUGCUGAUCACCAGACCAUCCUCCGAGCAUGGGCGGUGAAAGACUUUGCUCCAAACUGCCCUCUUUACGUCCAAAUUCUGAAGCCUGAGAACAAGUUCCAUGUGAAAUUUGCAGACCAUGUGGUGUGCGAAGAAGAGUUUAAGUAUGCCAUGCUGGCUUUAAACUGUGUGUGCCCUGGUACCUCAACUCUCAUCACUCUAUUGAUCCACUCCUCCAGAGGACAGGAGGGCGGCGCAUGCUCAGCGGACCAGUGGCACCGGACCUAUCGCCGCUGCUCAGCUAAUGAGGUGCAUCACAUCCGUCUGGAAGAAAGCAAAUUCUUUGGGGAAUACCAGGGCAAGAGUUUCACUUUUGCCUCCUUUCACGCUCACAAGAAGUAUGGAGUGUGCUUAAUUGGAGUACGCAGGCUGGACACAACCAACAUCCUGUUAAAUCCUGGUCCGUGCCACAUCAUGGGGGCCUCUGACACUUGCUUUUACAUCAAUAUCUCCAAAGAGGAGAACUCAGCAUUUGUCAGGGGCCAAAGAGAACCAUCGUGGGGUGGCACAGGAGGAAAUGCCAGGGGAGUGCACCAAAGCAUCUACCAUGGACUCACCCGCCUGCCAGUCCACAGUAUUAUCGCCAGCAUGGGCACAGUUGCCAUUGACCUGCAGGACUCCAGUGACAAGACGGGGGGUGCAAACACCUUGGCUCUGCCCGCCAUGGGAGACUCAGCAGAGGAGAGGCGACACAGCAUCGCCCCUGUCCUAGAGCUAGUAGACGGUGUCAACAACCCCACCUUUGACCUCCUGGGAGACCAGUCAGAGGACGAAGGAGGAGAGGAAGGCAAGGACGACAGUGACAAAGAUGAGAAGGUAAAUGUGGGCUUGUGCUGCAGGUGGGUGAAGGGAUACCCGCUUAACUCCCCGUACAUUGGCAGCUCACCUGCACUGUGCCACCUUUUACAAGAAAAGAUGCCUUUCUGUUGCCUGCGUUUGGACAAGGCUUGUCACCACAUCCCUUUCGAGGAUGCUCGCUCAUACGGCUUCAAAAACAAGCUGAUCAUUGUCUCUGCGGAGAGUGCAGGGAAUGGUCUGUACAACUUCAUUGUGCCUCUGCGAGCCUACUACCGACCGAGGAAGGAGCUAAACCCUAUUGUGCUUCUGCUGGAGAGCAUACCCGAAGCAGACUUCCUGGAGGCAAUCUGCUGGUUCCCCAUGGUGUUCUACACAGUGGGCUCCAUCGACAAUCUGGACAGUCUGCUGCGAUGUGGGAUCACUUUUGCCGACACCAUGGUGGUGGUUGACAAGGAGAGCUCCAUGAUUGCUGAGGAAGACUAUAUGGCUGAUGCAAAGACCAUCGUCAAUGUCCAAACACUGUUCAGGCUAUUCCCAGCUCUUAGUAUCAUCACGGAGCUCACACACCCAGCCAACAUGCGCUUCAUGCAGUUUAAAGUCAAAGACCACUACUCUUUAGCUCUGUCCAAACUGGAAAAGAAGGAAAGGGAGAAGGGGUCUAACCUGGUCUUUAUGUUCCGCCUGCCCUUCGCUGCUGGGAAGGUGUUUAGUGUUAGCAUGCUGGACACUCUUCUUUACCAGUCGUUUGUGAAGGACUACAUGAUCUCCAUCGCCAGGCUGCUGCUUGGUUUAGACUCCAUGCCUGGCUCAGGUUUCCUCUGUGCCAUGAAAAUCACAGAGGACGACCUGUGGAUCCGCAACUACGGCAGGCUCUACCAGAAAUUAUGCUCCUCCACUGGAGAUAUUCCCAUAGGCAUCUACCGAACAGAGGCCCACAAGCUUCCGGUCUCUGAGUCCCAGGUAUCUAUCACAGUUGAAGACUAUGAGGACACCAGGGAACCCAGGGAGCCCCUGCUAUCCCGGACCAGCACCCACCGUAACUCGACUUCCUCGGAGCCCAUUUCCACCUCUUCACAUUCUUCAGACCACCCGCUGCUCAGGAGGAAGAGCAUGCAAUGGGCACGACGGCUGAGCAGGAAGGGGGGUCGGAGUUCCAGCGGGGCCAAAGGAGGUCCCGGCAGUGCUGCGGAGAGGAUCAGCCAACAGAGACUGAAUCUUUUCAGGCGCUCAGAGAGGCAGGAACUCAACGCGCUGGUGCGGACAAGGAUGAAGCAUUUGGGCCUCUCUCCAAGUGGAUUCAACGGGAUGACAGACCAAGGGAACAGACUGUCAUACAUCCUCAUCAACCCUCCUCCAGACACCAGACUAGAGCUGCACGAUGUUGUGUAUCUGAUCAGACCAGACCCCCUCUCCUUGGUACCUAAUCAGGGGGGCAGCAGGAAGUGCAGCACCGGGCUCUCAGAGAGCCACAGGUUCGACACGCAGGACAGCACCCAUCUGUAAAGGACUGGAAGAAAAAAAAAGGACUAAUGUACUGUCUAAACACUGCCAGAGAGUCAAACAACAACACAAUCAUGAAGAAGAAGCAUAAUUUAUGAAGUGGUGAGAUGUGGAUACAGCCAGAUGGCAUAUAGCCCUCGUAUUUCCUCCACAGUCAGUCUCGGUGAACCCAGAGCUGCCAGGCAUGCAUGGACCUUUUCUAUAACAAUAGGAAUGUUUUAUUUAUGCACCUUCCUAUUUUCAAAGCGGAGAGCUGCGGACACAGAAGUGCAUUUAAAGAAAACCUUUACGUAUUUAUAUCUGUGUAUGUGCAUGUCAUGUACUGCAUCAUGUACUGUGUGUGUGUGUGCGUGCGUGCGUGCGUGCGUGUGUGCUUAUGGAUUCAGAGCGAGACACUGCCAAUUUAACCUGGACAGCCAAAGGAAGCUGCUGCCAAAUGAAAGUCAAGGGAUGUGUUGUUGUGUCCUUCCCUGUGUUGUUGGUGUGUUUUGUCACACUUCUGUCAUUUGGCGUAUUUCAAAGUGACACCACAGUCUGCACCCCCACCCCCGUGAGGUUUUCUGUUGUUUUUGGUUAAGCCUUUUUUUGAAGGUUUUUUUACCACUCACUCACACACUCAGUUUACGCUCACCAGCAGCGGAGGAAUCCAAAGAGCAACAGUCUCAAUAAUGGACAUAAUUAGACAGCAAGCUUAUAACAUCACU